AUGAUCGGCAACUCCACAAUGCAGCGUGGCGAGUCCGAGUCGUACACGGACAAACCCAUCCUCCCCGUCUCCCAUCAAUCCUCUCCCUCUCGCAAGAAUCGCAUCGCAUCAUGGUGGGCCUCCCAAUCACGUCUUCGCAAGAUCGUAUACAUCCUCCUCCCCAUCCUCCUGCUGCUGGGUCUUAUCCUCGGUCUCGCCCUCGGUCUCACCCUGGGCAAGAAAGCAACAGAAGACUCCAACCCAUCCGCCGACUACGUCCCCACCACCAUCUCCGGUAGCCGCUCCUCGCUUCUCCAACAAGGCUAUUGGUACACCGCUCCGUCGAACGGUACGAAUUUCAACUGGACUUCUUCCGGCAACCUUGGCAACUACCGUUCCGACAGCCAGGGUGUCGAUAUCGUCAUUGACACCUCCCAACGCUUCCAAACGAUUGAUGGGUUCGGAGGAGCGAUGACCGAUUCGUCCGCCUACCUGCUGGAUCGACUGCGCACCCGCGAGUCCAGCCUGUACACCCGCGUGAUGGACUUUUUGUUCAACAACGCGACCGGUGUGGGCAUCACCCGCGUCUCUAUGGGCGCAUCCGAUUUCUCCGUCUCCCAAGAGUAUAGCUACAUUCCCAACCCACCAGACUUCAAUGCUGCUGCAUCGCAACUCGAUAGCCCGGAUAGCCUGCUGUCGAGCUUCAGCACGGCUGGCACGCAGAGUGCGCAGUACACCAUCCCCGUGCUGGUCGAUGCGCUGGAGCGAAACCCAGAUCUCAAGGUGGUGCUCUCUCCGUGGAGUCCGCCGGCAUUCAUGAAGAGCAACAACACGAUGAACGGUGGCCAGCUUCGCAACGGCUUCAUCCCCCUGCUUGCGCAGUACUACGCCCAAACCGCCCAAGCGUGGGCCGACGCCGGCGUCCGUCCGUUCGCCAUGACGCUGCAGAACGAGCCCUCGCACAUCGCCGCCUACCCUUCGAUGGGGAUGACCGCCUCGCAGCAGGUCCAACUGGCCGAGGCGCUCAAGGGCCAACUCGCGUCGCGUGGUCUCUCGGGCGUCCAGAUCUGGGGUCACGACGACAACUACGCCGGCUGGCAGGUUGCCUCUGACAUUGUCAAUGGCAAUGCUACCGCUGUUGACGCGAUCGCCUUCCACUGUUAUCGCGGUUCACCUUCCCAAAUCGCCCAGUACCAGUCGGCGCUGCAAAACGGCGUAAGCAAGCCGAUUCACAUGUCCGAGUGCACGGGCACGUCCCCCUCCUCUCGAUGGUCGGGUAUUCAAGGUUGGCUCAACAACGUCUAUUGGCCCAUGGCGGCGCAGAACGCGUCCAGUGUCAUCCAGUGGAAUCUCGCACUCGAUGGUGGGUACGGUCCGCAUCUCAAGACGAGUUACUGUUCCACCUGCUCGGGUUCGCUCACCCUCAGCUCGCAGUGGAACCCCACCGAUCCGUAUGUGGAUUACAACGAUCAGGUGUAUCUCACGGCGCAUUUCGCAGGGGCGAGUACGGAUCUGACCAACGUAGGUGGCGGUCCGGCGGUGAGGGUGGGCGCUCAACAGGGGACCCAGUUCUCCCUCGAUAGGAGCGAUUUCCAGUGUCUCAAUUGGGUGGCGUACGCAGCGCCGCUCAGCGGGUCCACGCUGCAGUCCGCUAGCACGACCAAUGGAGGUCAGCCAACGCGCAGAGUAGGGUUCGUCAUCGCUAACACUUGCAGCGAUACCAAAACCACCGUCGUCUCGGUCGAUGGCAGACGCACCACCGUACCCGUCAGACAGGGGCUUACGAGCUUCGUCUGGACCGCUCCUUAG